AUGUAGUUAUAUUCCGCGGGUUGCAUGUCGGACAGACAAUGUAUUUUGUUGCAGCCUAAAUGUCAAUAAAACAACGCGGAUUAGCUCCGUGGUUUGAUACUCCGCCUCCGACUCCUUCCCUAGCUCGCCACACGGGACUAUUUUUUUUAUAUGCGUUAUGAUACCACACUAGAGAGAAGUGCUACGGCCACUUGUCUUCACCUCAGUCUGCACUCUGCUGCCGAAGGUUAACGAAAGGAAGUCAACAUGGUGAAAUGUGCUUUUAAAGGUUGUGGAAAAAUACAGAAGAAAUACACAAAGGAAAGUUUCCACCGCUUCCCUGUGAAGAACGGGGAACUAUAUAAACUAUGGUUACUAAAUGCUGGAUUAGACAUACACACACCGGUGGAAAAAGGACUGAAUAUGAGAGUUUGCAGCGCGCAUUUUGCAACAACCGAUAUUAGGAAAACGUUUUGUGGCUAUUCUCUCCUGAAACCAAAUGCUGUGCCUUCGACUGUCCAAACGUAUUCAAGAGCUUCUGAUAAACAGGUCAUAUCUGCUGUACCACAGUCCAUGCCAGUGAAGAAUACCACAUCAACAUCAGGCCAGCCGAGGACAAUACAACCACCAUCAUCUCUAAUGAAAGAUGCAGAAUGGAAAGAACCAAAAUGGAUUGUCAAUGAGUCCAAGUUAAUGGAGUUGUUCAAAACAUGCCAUCAGUGUGGGGUUUUCAUAGCAGAGGAGGACAGGAAAGUGACAACUUCCGGAACUCGCAUACACAUAGAGUGGAGCUGUCUAAAUAAUCACUAUGGAGAUUGGGAAUCAUGUCCCCAAGUGCGUGGGAUGCCAGAAAAUGACUUGUUGGUUGCCUCCUCAAUCCUUUUUGUUGGAUCAACCUUCACAGAAAUAUCAGAUUGGGCUGAACUAAUAAAUAUUCAAAUCCCCAGAAAAACUACUUUUUACUCACUACAAUCCACAUACCUCAUACCUGUUAUAGAGCAUGCAUACCAGGAACAUCAUGAAGACAUAAUGAGAAGAAUGAAAUUACUGUCACUCGGUGGAGGGAUUUCAAUCCGUGGUGAUGGGCGUUCUGAUUGUCCAGGAUUUAGUGCCAAGUACACAACGUAUAGUUUCAUGAGUGAUAAAACCAAAGAAAUAAUCAUGGUUGACCUAGUUCAGGUUACAGAGGCAAGCAGCUCUCCAGCCAUGGAGACACUCGGAUUUCGGAGGGGCCUGGACCGUUUACUUCAGGCAGGAAUUGGAGUGGAUGUUCUCGCCACAGACCGUACUCCUUCCAUAAGGAAGAUCAUGAGAGAGCGCUACCCUGGUAUUGAGCAUCGGCUCGAUAUUUGGCAUGUUGCUAAAGGGAUUAGGAAGAAAUUGAUGGCUGUGGCAAACGACAACAAAAACAUUGAUCUGCUGCCUUGGCUCAAAUCCAUCAACAAUCAUCUGUGGUGGUCAUGGCAGACAUGUGGUGGGGAUUCAGAGGAAUUGAAACGCCGCUGGACGUCCAUCCUCUAUCACAUUUGUGGCAUCCAUCGGUGGGAAGAAGAUGGGGUAGAGCGAACUUGCUACCACCACCAACUCAGUGCGGAAGAGCAGAGAAGGAAGAAAUGGCUGCCAAAGGAUUCCCCUGCAUUCCAGACACUGUCUGACCAUGUCUUGGACAAGAACCUUUUAAAAGAUUUAAACCACAUGACUCUCUUCAAACAUACAGGUGACCUGGAGGCAUACCACAGUACGAUGCUGAAGUACACCCAAAAGAGGCUCCAAUUUGUCUAUAACUCCAUGAAGGCAAGGACACUCAUGUCUGUUAUGGACUACAAUGAAAAAGUUAGGCGCCAGCAAGCGAGGAACGCCGAUGGGACUUUGAGAUACAGCUUGGAGUUUCCAAAGCAAACAAAGAGAUUGGUUGCCCGGGGGAGUUACGAGCCAACAACGCAGACAUUCAAACAGACUUUGGUGGAGCGUGUCCUGGAAAGACUGCAGGAUUCAUCAGUGAAGCUUGCCGAACCAGACUUUGAUUUCAAGCCUCCAACUACUGUUCCUAGCUAGCUCGCCUAGCUCACCUGGUCAGCUCUACGCAAUGGGAUGGGAAACCAGUCCCAACGCAAGAGCCGUUAUGAUGAUGAUGAUGAUGAACUACUAUUCCACCGAACAUUCCAGGCAUCGAAAGGCCUGAUAAAGAAAGGCCUGUCAGUAGAUUUAGAAAAUAAGUAGGUUGACAUGUUCCUUUUUUAUCGAUACUUCUGAAUGUACCACAAUAAAGCAACACACACAUACUGUCUUAUUUGUGAAAUGUGAUGGUUUAAAAGAUGAAAAGUUUCUGGCUAUGAAGGAGUUGUCCUGAGAACAAUUGCAGAGAAUCUUCAGCUUCCCUAAAACCAUUGUAGUUCACAGUGACGUAAGGGUACUUGUCACAGAUGCAGGAGAUGAUACACGAUGGAAGAACACGUCGCUGGCCUCUUCCCAGAUGUUUGCCUUUCAACGCCCACUCAAGAACAACCAUAUAUGCCAACAAUCGGAGUUGCCUAAAACAAGAAAACAAUAAUACAGGGUGAUUCAACAAGAAAGUGGCAAAAUCAUCGUGUGAUAGAUCAAGAGUAUAAAUAAUAAAAGUUACAGAACUCCAUCUUGGACACAUGUUCAAUAUACCCAACAAAUAAGCACCCCUUGGGUAUAAGGAGCAGAAUUCAAAAUGAGGGGGGAAAAGCGGCUUAUAGUCCACAAAUUAUGUAACUUCAAGUUUUUAAAUCAAGUGCUCAAAGGUGGCCAUCACCGGCACUUGUAAUACAUUAAAUAGUACUUGAAGUUCUGUUCAACACAUUUGCCUAUGUCAGAGUUUUGUAAUGUUUUUCAUUUUUGACAUCGCGUGAUGAUUUAGGCACAUUCUCGUAAAUACAAUACUGCUACUGCUUUUUAUAUUGACAUCAUGCUUUUACACUCAUAAUGCAUUACUCUUGAGAUGAUAUAACUGUUUUCCUGAAGUCGAACUAAGCUUAGAGUAUACCGUAGGUGUUUUCAUGAUGAGACCAUUACGAAUAUUCGCCCAGCAUCAAAAUAAGGCAUGCAGGAAUCGACUUACCUCAUUGAUAGCUGGCCAUCUGGGCCUGCUGGCCUUGAUUUUUUUCCCAGGUUAUCUUGUCUACUAAGAAAAAAGUUUCUAGAACACCUUUGUUGAGAAGUGGUAAAAAGUCUUGGUGUUCACUUACAGUGGGGCAAAUAAGUAUUACA